AUGGCAGCGCAUGAAGCGGUGCCGGCCCAUGGAUCCGGUAUCAAGGUUGCCUCCUACCAUGCUCCUCCAGCUAGGUCAGCAGCAGGCGCAGACGUACACACGUUGAGAUGUCUUGCCACGGACAUUCACCUCGGCUUUCACCUGUCCAAGCAUAUUGCUCAGGUUGUCACCUCCACUCUUGCAGCUAGCACAUACAUACUCUUCACCGACACCACUUUGGCCAGCUUGCACGCUCCUGCAGUCCUGAAUGAGCUCAGAUCGGCACUGCAAGCAAAGGACUCCAAAGCUCGUGUCCUUUCGCGAGCCAUGCCUCCUGGCGAAGGAAGCAAGAGCCGGGCGACCAAGGCGGAGCUGGAGGAUUGGAUGCUGUCACACGGUGUCACCCGCGAUGCCGUAGUACUGGCGCUGGGUGGAGGUGUGGUGGGAGAUUUGAUCGGGUUCGUAGCUGCCACUUUCAUGAGGGGCGUUCGCUACGUGCAGAUCCCCACCACGCUCCUCGCCAUGGUAGACAGCGCUGUGGGCGGUAAGACGGCAAUCGAUACGCCGAACGGAAAGAAUUUGGUAGGCGCAUUCCAUCAACCUCAGUACGUCUUCAUCGAUGCCGCUUUCUUACAGACCCUGCCCGAGCGCGAGUUCAGCAACGGCAUGGCUGAGGUGGUCAAGGUGAGUAGCACGUGCGUUGAAGUCGCCGUGCGCCAGUGCGCUGCGAAAAGUCAGUCUAAAUUUCUUAAUUGACUUCUGAUUCCACCCUUGCCGCAGACGGCAGCAAUCUGGGACGCUGCUGACUUCGUCAAACUUGAGAAUCACGCCCCCGCGAUCAGGUCUGCUGUCUUGGGACCCUUUCCCGAGGAUCAGGCCAUCGAUGCUGGCAGGAUCUUGGAGACGCGCAGUGUGGCCCAGACCCUUCUGCUGGAUGUCAUUCGAGGUAGCGUUGGAGUCAAGGCGCACAUCGUCACCAUUGAUGAGAAGGAGACUGGCUUGCGAAAUCUCGUCAACUUUGGUCACUCUGUUGGACACGCGAUAGAGGCCGUCUUGACACCCGACAUGCUCCACGGAGAGUGCAUCAGCGUAGGCAUGAUCCUCGAAGCGGAAAUCGCUCGUGGUAUGGUUGGACUGUCCCAAGUGGCAGUUGGAAGGUUGUCCAGAUGCUUGCAGCAGUACAAUCUGCCAGUGUCGGUGGUCGACUCGCGCAUCGUCCGCUUGCCCAAGUCAGAGGGUCUCACGGUCGAGGGGCUUUUGGACAUCAUGAGAGUUGACAAAAAGAAUUCGGGCACGGAGAAGAAAAUUGUCUUGCUCUCUCGCAUAGGAGCGACCGCUGAAGACAAGGCGAGCACGGUCCCGGACGCAAUCAUUGCUCGCAUCCUGAGUGCUGGCAUACGCAUCGUGCCGGUCGAGAGAGCGCCAGCCAAGGCUCAGACGACGAUCCAACCACCAGGCUCCAAGAGCGUGAGCAACAGAGCACUAGUGCUGGCUGCGCUAAGCAGCGGCUCUUGUCGUAUCAAGAAUCUACUUCACUCGGACGAUACACAGGUCAUGAUGGCAGCCCUGCAUGACUUGGGAGCGGCUAGCUUCGAAUGGGAAAACGAAGGCGAGACGGUCAUUGUCCAUGGCAAAGGUGGCGCAUUACAGGCACCGCAGAGCUCCAAAGACAUCUACUUGCAAAAUGCAGGUACUGCUGCACGGUUCAUGACUGGUGUGUGCUCCUUGCUGACCGUGGGCAACUCUGCGAUUACUGUCACUGGGAACGCACGGAUGAAAGAACGUCCCAUCGGACCGUUGGUGGACGCACUCCGCUCCAACGGAACAGAGAUUGAUUACAAAGGCACAAUUGGCUGUCUGCCCCUGUCGAUUGCGCCCGGCGGCAUCAAAGGUGGACGCAUUCAAUUGAGCGCCAGCAUCAGCUCCCAGUACGUUUCUGCUCUUCUUCUGGUUGCGCCAUACGCGUCGCAAGAAGUCACGCUGGAGCUUAUGGGAGGUGUAGUCAUUUCUCAACCGUACAUCGAUAUGACCACAGCUAUGAUGCGCGACUUCGGCAUCCACGCUGAACGUCUCAGGGACCCAAAGUCCGGCGAGCUGACAGACUCGUAUCGCAUUCCUCGAGGUGUCUACAAUGCCCCGUCGAUUUACGAGGUCGAGAGCGACGCCAGCAGCGCCACAUACCCCCUUGCUUUCGCUGCCGCUUUAGGCACUCAAGUCACUGUACCGAAUAUAGGGUCAGGCAGCCUGCAAGGUGACGCACGCUUCGCUCGAGAUGUUCUUGCACCGAUGGGCUGCAAGGUGGAACAGACGCCGACGAGCACGAGUGUACAGGGGCCACCCAACGGUCAACUUCGUCAGGUCGGCUCCAUCGACAUGGAACCUAUGACGGACGCCUUCCUAACAGCUUCAGUCUUGUUUGCGAUUGCCGCGCCAGGUGAGGGAGGCGCUUCAUCGACACGUAUCACUGGCAUUGCAAACCAAAGAGUGAAAGAGUGCAACCGCAUCAAGGCCAUGAUGGACGAGCUCGCCAAACUUGGCGUCAAGACUCAAGAACACGAAGAUGGUCUAGAAAUUUGGGGUGUUCAUCCCUCUAAGCUUAGAUCGGGAGUUCAGGUGCAUUGCUACGACGAUCAUCGCGUUGCUAUGGCAUUCAGUAUUCUUUCUGCCGUAGUGCCCGGUACGGGCGUGGUCAUGGAUGAAGCUCGAUGCACUGCCAAGACGUGGCCAAAUUAUUGGGACGACGUCAACGCCACGCUCGGCCUGCAGCUAGAAGGCGUAGACAUUCAAACGCCUCGGCCGGCCGCCUCCACGAGCGCUACACUGAGCACACUCAGCAAGAGUCUUACGCCUAUCCAGUACGCCAGAGAUGCCAGCAUCGUGUGCAUUGGCAUGCGUGCCUCGGGCAAAACUUAUUUGGGGGGUUUCGGUGCAGCUGCGCUGCAACGACCCUUCGUCGAUGCUGACGUAGUCUUCAACGAGCGAUACACCCUCAAUAACUUUGUCGCUGAGCACGGCUGGCCUGCCUUCCGCGCGAAAGAAACGGAGAUUCUCAAAGAGCUCUUGACCACCAAAGCUUCGGGUCACUUAAUCUCACUAGGUGGAGGUGUGAUCGAGUCGGAAGAGAACCGACUUUUGCUUCAGGAGUACGCACGCACCCGCGGGCCCGUCGUCUACGUCAUGCGGGAUUUUGAAGAGGUUGUGAAGUUCCUCUCUACCUCGGAUCGUCCAUCUUAUGGAGAGCCCGUGCGCGAGGUCUUCAAGCGGCGACGCCCUUUCUUCUAUCAAUGCUCGAGCUACGAACUCGUUAGCUACUCUGGCAAUACCGCGAUCAUCGAUACAUUUGACGCUGAGACCGGUAACAAUGCAUCAAGCGGUCUCGCAAAUGGUCAAGCUGGCGCCCUCAAUAGUAGCUUGUCCGGACCACCGAGCCGCGCUCUCUCUAUACGACGCGCGCAAGGCCUCGUCGAAGAGGUCGCGAGGUACUUCCGCUUCAUAUCUGGUAUUGAGACCAAUCAGAUCGCGGACCUAGAUAGCCCAGGCAGGCAAACAUUCAUGCUCAGUCUCACAUUCGCAGAUGUCACCCCCGCUCUUUCUCUGGUUGAGACGCUGACCGCCGGCGUCGAUGCGAUCGAACUUCGCGUAGACCUUCUGAGCGAGGAAGGCGUGCAGCCUCAAACGCCGCGCAUUCCCGAUGCAUUCUACGUCGCGACUCAAUUGGCAGCCCUUCGACAACGCACACACUUGCCAGUCAUCUUUACCGUUCGCACCAAAAGCCAAGGCGGCAUGUUCCCUGACGAUGCCAUUGAAGAGUACUUUGAGCUCAUCAAGCUUGGCUUCCGUCAAGGUUGCGAGUACGUCGAUGUGGAAAUGCGCCAUGCCGAGGACCGCCUGGCUGCAGUUCGUGCUCAUCGAGGGUACUCGCGUAUCAUUGCCUCCCAUCACAAUUGGAACGGCGAAAUGCACUGGGACUCACCUGAGACCCUCAAGCAGUACGAGCUGGGUUUGCGCUUUGGAGACAUUGUCAAGAUUGUGGGUAGGGCCUUCUCUCCGGCAGACAACUUUGCUUUAGAGGCGUUCAGGGCCAAGGUAUCUGCUCGACCGGAUGCCAAGCCCCUGAUCGCAAUCAACAUGGGUGUGGCAGGUCAGCUCAGCCGGAUUUUGAACAAUACGCUUCUGCCCGUUACGCACCCAGCAAUGCCAACCUCUGGUGCGCCUGGUCAGCUUUCUGUGGUGCAGGUCAAUCAAGCAAGGGCCCUAACUGGCGCUCUUAGUCCUCAAAAGUUUGUCCUGCUUGGUACGCCCAUUUCACAUUCGCUCAGCCCCGUCCUGCACAACACUGGAUUUGAGCAUCUCGGGCUGCCGCAUCGAUACGGACUGUUUGAGACCGAUGCGGUGGACGAACGCAUCGCCAACUUGAUCCGGCAACCUAAUUUUGGUGGUGCGAGCGUCACGAUGCCUUUCAAGUUGGCCAUUGCGAAGCAUCUAGACAGCGUCUCGGCCGAAGCGCAGGUCAUCGGCGCAAUCAACACGAUCAUUCCACAGCGGCCGCACAACGCUGCGCCAGGGGAGCCGGCGCACCUGGUCGGAGACAACACAGACUGGAUUGCAAUUACUGAGUGCUCCAGGCGCAACCUAUCGCCUCUUCAGCUUUCAAGCCCCGACUUCACUGCGCUCGUCAUCGGUGCGGGAGGAUCGGCGCGGGCCGCUUUAUUUGCUAUGCACCAGCUAGGGGCUAGGAUCAUUUGGCUUUUCAAUCGAACGACCGCCAACGCGGAAAAGCUGGCCGCUGAAGUGCCCAAGAGCUGGAACGUCAAUGUGAUUCCGGACUUGAACCUUGUGCCGAUCGCGCCCAGCGCUAUCGUCUGCAAUGUGCCAGCCCAGGGCGUCAGCCUCGACCCGGCCAGCGGAGCGGGCGUCGUGCUCACCCCUGCCAUUCUUGCUAAUCCGAAAGGAGGUGUCGUCGUCGACAUGGCUUGUAAGUCUUACCUGCAUAUUUAUCCAAUGACGGAGCUGUUGACACUGAAUGCGACAUUGCCCUGCCCCAUCUGCCCACAGACAAGCCCGUCUACACGCCAUUGUUGGAGUUGGUAGACAAGACGAAUGCUGCCGCCAUAUCUGAGCCCGAUCGACACAAUCUCAGACAAGGAAAAUUGUGGACCGGCAUACCUGGCAUCACAAUCGUCUUGGAGCAAGGCUGCCAUCAAUUUUUACGCUGGACUGGCAGACAAGCACCGCGGGCUGAGAUCGAGCGCGCUGCUUGGGAUCAUUAUCACAGACAGAAUGCUGCUUGA